CUGCGACGACUACGAGGACGCGCCGGUGGCAUGAAGUUUUCGGAGCGGCUCGAGGCGAACAAGCGGCCAAAGUGGAGCGGCCAGUACAUUGAGUACAAGGCGCUCAACGACCUCAUCGAUGCGAUCGUCGAGCGUGGAUGCGAGAGCGAGGAUAACGAGGCGCAAGAGGCGGCGCCUGCGCGGGAGGAGCGGUCGGCAUGUGCUCCUCUGCUCUCGAGUGAGCAGCCCAGCGCCGCGCGCGAGGCGCUGCCGGCUGCCGGCUCGGCCGGCGCGAGUCCGUCUCGCUCGCCGGCCCGCUCGCGCGCUGCAAGCCGGCCACAGAGUCCAUUUGGCCGGUCGGGCUCUGUGGUGUCGCUGGUGGAGAUGGUGAUGAAGCGGCGGGUGCGGGCGGAGGACUUCACUGGCUGCGUGCUCGCCCAGUCGGACAAGGUCGAGGCAUUCUACUGCGCCACACUCGCCUCGGUGCGCGAGCAGCUCGCGCUCUACCUGCCCGAGCUGCAGACCGAGGAGGCGGACGGCGGCGGCCGAGACCUCGAGACGCCGCGAGAGCCUGAGGCGCAGGGCGGCAGCCGGCAGCGCCUCGCGGACGGCAGCUUCGCGGGCAGCCUGCAGAUACCCUCGCCGCCGCCCGACGAAGGCGACUCUCGCCCGCCGUCGCGCUUGCGCAACUGGGAGGAGAUGGCGCACGGGCGCGAGCGCGACUCGCUGCAGCGUGCCGUCUCGAGCUUGCACCCCGCGACGCUGCAGCAGCUGCCGCAGCUGCCGCAGCGCGCCGGGAGGAAGCGGCUGGCGGCCAAGCCGCUGCUGAUGGCGCACGUGAACACCCUCUCCUUCGUCGCGCACGACGAGCUCAAGCGGAUCGAAGCGCAGAUCGAGCGAGGCUACGCCGCCGCAUUCUGCGACGCCAACGUGCAGGUGGCGAGGGCGGAGCUGCUGGUGCGGCGGGAGCGAGGCGGCAGUGCGACACAGCGAGGCGUCGCCGUCAGCUCGCCGCCGGGCGGCCUCGCCCUCGGCCUGAGGCUGGGCGUGGCUGCGGUGCUCGCGACGUGGCUGUUCUGGGAUUUGGUGGUCGACACGCGCGUGCUGCCGCUCCCGUCUGCGCGGAAGGCCGACUUGCAGUACGCGGUGAUUUUCCACCUGCCCGUGUACCGCCUCUCCCUCGCCGUCGCCUCCUGCUUCUACCUCUGGGCCGCCGCUUGCUCCGUGUGGAAGAGGGCGCGCGUCAACUACCUCUUCCUGUUCGAGCUGCGAGACGACGAGGCGCGCGACCGGGCGCUAGUCCUCGAUCCGGGCGCUGCCCUCGCGCUGGGCACGCAGCAGCUGACCCUCUGCCUCCUCUCGCUCCUCCUCUUCUCGAAGUGCAUGCUGUCGGAGCUCGACCUCGACGCGUCCCUCUUCCCGGCCCCCGCCCCCUCCUCCCGGCGCGCCCUCGCCGCUUUCUUCAGCACGCCCUUCUCGCCCGUCUCGCUGUGGUCGUCCUUCGUCGGGGACAUCGUCACUUCGCUGGUGCGUCCGCUCGUCGACCUCGCCUACUCGAGCUGCUACGUCUUCUCGGGAGAGCGCGUGGCGCACGACACGAGGAGGCGCGUGCCCGCGCUGCCAAACGCCCUCAAGUACGCCGUCGCGCUGCUGGUCGUCCUCUUCGGCGCGCUCCACCCCGCCGUCUCUUCGGGGCAGCGGCUUCGCACGUCGGACUACAACCCGUGGGUGCAGUAUGCUUGGCUCGCCGCCUACCUCGGCGCGACGCUCUACGCCUUCCUAUGGGACGUCGCGAUGGACUGGCGGCUGGUGGAGAUGUCGCAGCUCGCGUGCUGCCGCUGCGGCGCGGGCCGGCUGAGGGAAGAGAGGAUGGUCUUCCGCUCGCACCGCGCCUACUACGGCGCCAUCGCCGCCGACCUCGUCCUCCGCUUCGGCUGGGCCGCCACGCUCGCCGCCGUGGGGGCUGAGCAGAUCCCGCGCUACCACCACCACCACCACGCUCACGCCCCGCCCCCGGCGUCGCCCGACUGGCUGCACGAGACGCUGCAGCACGCGACGCCCGCGUCCGAGUUCCUCGCUUGGGCGCUGCAGACCCUCGUCAUCGGGCUCGAGCUGGUGCGGCGCUGCUUUUGGGCGGUGCUGCGGCUGGAGGCGGAGCAUCUCUACAACACCGAGGGCUUCCGGCGCAUCGACAACGUGCCGAUGCAUUUCGACCGCAAGGCGCAGGAGGAGCGGCCGGAGCUGGAGCCGAAGAGCCGCGUGCAGCUGCUACUCGAGUUGGGCUCGUACCUGCUGCUCCUCGCCGCACUCGCGACGCUGUCUGCCGUCACGAGGGGGUUAGAGGGGGGCUCUCCGGGCAGCCCGUCGCCGUAGCACUCCGGACCAACGUUUAAUCCAGCUCGUGCGCCCCGGUGCGUGGGUGAGGGAGUCGGUCGAGUGAGACCCCGUGUUGGCGGUCUCUCCCGCGCCGGGCGCGGGCUCACACACGCCACACGCGCCACACACAUGCGGUCACGCACGCGCCGAAUCACGGGGGCCGCGCGACUGGGAGGGCGCCGUCGGGUGCGGACACCAAAAUUGCCGUGGCGCCGGUGAGUGGUGUUACUACAUUUGCACUCCACUCAAGA